UUUUUUUUGAGUUCUGUCUUUUUAUGUUUUUCUUUUUUCACAAUUCUUUCUUUUUAUUUUAUUUUAUUUUAUGUUGAAGACAAAACCUAAUGCUAUUAAAUGUUACUCACCAUACCAAACUAUUGAACAUACCCUGGGUAAUACUAGAUACAAAUAUUGAAGGACAUGCUUUAGACGGACCCAUUUACGUUAAAGCCAUCUUUGACAUUGACGAAUAUAGAAUUCUUGCAACAAAUCUUCGAUAUACUUGGUUUGAAUAUGGUAACUCUUCUACUAUCAUCAAACGAGCCACAGAGUAUCGGAUGGAUAUAGAAUCGGAUGAUCAAAUUAGGGAUUUGUUAGUUUCUCUACAAUCAUGCUUCCACCAGUCAGAAAACUGCAAAAUAAGAUUAUCCGAAAGUGGUCAAUUAGUAAUCAUAUACAAGGAUAUUAGUAAAGGUUUCACUUCGUUAUCAUGGACUUUUGAUUGUUCUCUUUUGGAAAUGAAUUUUCUUCAUGAAAACGCGUCAUUUUUGGAUGGUCCUACGGUUUUAUAUACACAUUUUAUUGCUCCUUUAGUCUCUAUCACACAAUCUAAUUGGUUGAAUCAAAAGAAUACUAUGGAUCAUAGAAGAUCAAAAUCACCAUCACCAACUUCAUCAUCAUUACCAUCAUCACCGAAAGAAGGUAUUGACAAUACUUCUUCAUGGCUUUCUCAAUUUUAUUUGAAGACUGAUUCAAAUAUUGAAAAUGAAUCCGAUGCCAGGUUGACAAUAAGUGGAAUAGAACAAACUAGUGGAUUAGAGGAUAAUAAAGAUUCUGCAACGCAUGAUGACCAGGCUUCUUUGACAUCAUCUCCUACUAAAAAAUUAUCCGAUCCUGACAAGGAAUUGGAAAGAAGAACAAAAUUAGAAUUGGAUCUCUUGAAGAAAAGUGAAAAGGGGAAAAAGAAAAGACGUUUAUUUUAGUCUCAUUAGUUAUUUAUUUAUUUUUUAUC